AUUGCGAUGGAUAAACAAGAUAAAAAGAUCCGGAGAAAGAAGCAACGAACAGCUGCUCUUUGUUCGAAGGAGGGUAUAAGUCUCACCUCUCAUCCAACUCAGACAGUUGUGGUUUGCAAUGCCGGCCUCACCACUGGUGCGUCCCGUGAGUCAAUCGUUGAGCGCUUCCUGCCGCACGCCUCUCCGCGGCGCGUGCGCAUGGUGCCCGGCCGGCAGUUCUGUUUCGUCGAGUUCGACGAUGAGGAGUCGGCUUGUCGGGCCGUGGAGGCGCUGGACGGCCGCGGCUGUGAGCCAGUCCUCUACCUGGCCUUCACUGAGUCAGUACCCGACGCCCUGUGCUGCCCUCCGGUGGCGACCGCCCUGCCGCCCGGCGCGACUCUUGUCACCAACAUUAUGGACGAGACCGAGGAGCAGAAUAUUCUGAGUCAGCUGACCUUUGGUGAUGACGGCAGCAUGAAGCACAGGCAGGUGCAGCACUUUGGCUACGAGUUUGACUACGCGACCAACAACGUGGACGCGACCCGUCCGCUGCCCGGCGGCCUGCCCGCCUGGUGUGAGCCGCUGGUGGAGCGGCUGCAGGCGCGCCACCUGCUGGCAGAGCGGCCCGACCAGCUGACGAUCAACCGGUACCUGCCCGGCCAAGGGAUUCCACCGCACGUGGACACCCACAGCGCGUUCACGGACCAGCUGGUGUCGGUCAGCCUCGGCGCCGACACCACCAUGGAGUUCAGCCGGCCGCCGCCUGGCGGCGCCACCGCCGCCGUGCGCCUGCCUCGCCGAUCGGCGCUCGUCAUGGACGGCGAGGCCAGGUAUCUCUGGAGCCACGGCAUCGUGCCGCGCAAGUCGGACGUGACGGCCGGCGUCGGUGGCGACCUGACGCUGACGCCGCGGGGCACGCGCGUGUCGCUGACCCUGCGCCGGCUGCGGCGCGCUGCCUGCCACUGCCGGCACCCGCAGCAGUGCGACUCGCGGCAGCCGGCCGCCGACGCCGAGCAGACGGCGGCACUCUCCAGGACACUGGAGAGCACGCACGUCGCUCAGGUGUACGAGAACAUCGCCGACCACUUCAGCUGCACGCGACACAAGCCGUGGCCCCGUGUCGAGCAGUUCGUGCGCACGCUGCCGACCGGCUCCCUGCUGCUGGACGUGGGCUGCGGCAACGGAAAGUACCUUGGUCUCAACCGGCACCUGUUCGAGGUGGGAGUGGACCAGAGCGCCCGGCUGUGCGCUAUCGGCCGGGCCCGGGGUCACCAGACGGUGACGGCCGGAUGUCUGCCACUUCCGGUCCGCUCCGGUGCCGUGGACGCCUGUAUCUGCAUCGCCGUCAUCCAUCACCUGGCCACACGGGAGCGGCGCACGGCGGCGCUGCGCGAGCUGGGCCGCGUGCUGCGGCCGGCCGGCCGCGCGCUGGUCUACGUAUGGGCGCUGGAGCAGCGGCUGGGCGCGCGCUCCGCCGGCUACCUCAAGCGCGGCCGGCAGCGCGCAGGCGCCGACGGCCGACCGGAGGACGCGGCCGCGCUGCCUCUGCCUGUGCACACCAACCGCACCGAGUUCCAGCAGCAGGACGUGCUCGUGCCGUGGAAGCUGCGCGGCGGCGCGGAGCUGCUGCCGUCUGGCGUCCACCAUCGGUACUAUCACGUGUACCGCCAGGGCGAGCUGGAGGAGGACGCACGCAGCGCCGGCGGCCUGGUAGUGCGGGAGAGCUACUACGACCAGGGAAACUGGUGUGCGGUGCUGGAGAACGCGAGCUGACGGCACCGCGG